UACUCGAUAAAUUUAAUAUAGUUACACGAAUAUCGAUAUAUCUCUUCCAUAUCUAAUUGUCGUGAUAAUUUUUUAUCAACAAUUCCAACCUAUUUAACUAAACUGGUAAUUAUGUGGAGUGAUACGAUUUUAAUAGUAUUUAUUUCCAUUUGCACUGCGCUUUUGGGAGAAGGUCUUACUUGGGUAUUGGUAUAUAGAACCGAAAAAUAUCAAAAGUUGAAAGGUGAAGUUGAAAAACAGAGCAAAAAAUUGGAAAGACGUAAGGAAAUCCAUGGAGAAUCUCUUGAUAAAUCGCAGAAAAAGAAAAUUGAACGCGAUGAAGAGAAACUGAAAAAUAAUAACAGGGAUCUGUCGUUGGUAAAAAUGAAGUCUAUGUUCGCGACGGGCUUCGCAUUUACAGCGCUCCUCAGUAUGUUCAACAGCAUCUUUGAUGGUCGCGUCGUAGCACAGCUACCCUUCACACCAAUUUCUUGGAUUCAAGGUUUGAGCCACAGAAAUUUGUCUGGCGAUGAUUACACCGAUUGCUCUUUCAUCUUCCUUUAUAUACUUUGCACAAUGUCUAUUAGACAGAAUAUUCAAAAGCUUUUAGGUUUCGCACCUUCAAGAGCAGCUAGCAAACAGGGCGGAGGAUUAUUUGGACCCACGCCGGGACAAUUUAAAUAAACAUAAAAAUUAAUAACAGUUUUGUGUAUUUUUUAUUUAAAAAAAAUACAUUCAUUAGAAUUAUUAAUUAAAAAGUGUUUAGACUUUAUGUGCAUAAAUAUUAUAUAUAUAUAUAUAUAUAUAUAUAUAUGUUGUAUGUUAUAUACAAUACAUAUAUGUAUGUAAGUAUUUAUUUACAAAUAACAGCAUAUGCAUGUAUGUUCUUCACAUAAAAGCGUGUUCAAAAAUUGGCCUGUCUACAAUAAUUCGAUCGAAAGCAAGUCUAGAUAAGUCAAUAGUUCGAAAUUGUGCAUCGAUUAUUAGUUCAGAAAUUGCUCUACCCACAGCAGGCGAUUGCUGUAAGCCUAAACCAGAAAAUCCACUUGCAAUAUACAGAUUAUUGUAGUAAGCAUGUGGGCCAAUAAUACCAUUUUCAUCAAAAACAUUAUACUCAUAAGAAUACUCCCAAGCGUCAAUAACUUUUGGUUUCUUCAACAUUUUCAUCCUCUGCAUUAAAGAAGGCAAAACCUUAGUUUCAAAGUUGUUUUCGCUUAGCCCAUUUUUUGUGUCUGUGGACGUACUGAAACCUGUUAUAUAGUUACCAGUUAGGCCAUCUCUUCGAAAGUAUAGACCAUUCAAAUCUACCACACAUGGUGUACCAAGACCUGAUGCAUUGAUAUCAUCACUGUUGAA